AUGUCGUCCCACUUUGCCCCAAUCGAAAGACUCUUUUCGGCCAACUCUCAGUGGGCUUCCGACGUUGAACGCCACGAGCCUGGAUUUUUCGCUCAGACUGUCAAGGGCCAAUCUCCCAAAGUCCUUUGGAUAGGUUGUGCAGACUCCAGGGUCCCCGAAACUACGUUGACAGGAUCUAGACCAGGGGAGAUCUUCGUGCAUCGAAAUAUUGCCAACCAAUUCCAUUCUGAUGAUGACAGCGUCUUGGCCGUAUUGACUUACGCAGUAGACUUUGUCGGCGUUGAACAUGUCGUCAUUGUUGGCCAUACCCAAUGCGGUGGAGCAGCCGCUUGCUUCGAGGCAUCAGGAUCUUUCGUUCCAGGAAAGCCCGUAACAACGGUCCCCACUCUUCCAGCAGAAGCUCCCCUCAAUAAGUGGCUGGAACCCCUCACUACACUCGCCGCAUCCUUGCAACUCUCAUCUAUUCCCGCUGCCGAGGCGCUACUGAAACUUGUUGAGGAGAACGUGAAGGUGCAAGUGGAGAACCUUGCCCGAUCUUCAGUCAUUGUCAACGCCUGGAAGAACGAAAAACGUGUCUGGAUCCAUGGCUGGGUCUACGACCUUGCUAGUGGGAAGCUUAGUGACCUUGGUCUUACUAGAGGUCCGCAACAUUGA